GAAUGCUCUUAAAACACCAAAAACUUUAAAGUUUCUUCUGAAAGUUCAUCACUUGUUCUCCUACCCUACCCUAUCUCGUACAAAAUCAAACCAAAUGUCUGCAAAUUUCUCAAACGGGUCUCUUCAAUUUCCUUCAAUUCCCACAACCCACAUCAAAUUCACCCAAAUUCCAUCCUUUAAUUACAACUUUCACCCCGAAUCCCCUCACAAGAAACAUACUAUCAUAUGCGGUUCCACAAUUCGACCCAAAAGAAACUCAAAGUCAGAUGAGAACACAGAGGCUCAGGAACUGGUGCGGACCCUUUUGAGAAACUUCAACUAUGAUAAGCCCUUGUUGUCGACGUUGAAUAAGUAUGUGAAGCUGGUCAGGACUGAACACUGUUUUCUUCUGUUUGAGGAGCUUGGAAAGUCUGAUAAGUGGCUUCAAUGUCUUGAGGUGUUCAGAUGGAUGCAAAAACAACGAUGGUACGUAGCAGACAACGGUGUCUAUUCGAAGCUAAUAUCCGUGAUGGGAAAGAAAGGUCAAACCCGAAUGGCAAUGUGGCUAUUCUCCGAGAUGAGAAACAGCGGGUGCAGACCCGAUACUUCCGUAUACAAUUCACUCAUCACAGCUCACCUACACUCGAAAGACAAAUCAAAGGCCUUAUCUAAGGCGCUCGGGUACUUCGAGAAGAUGAAAGUUACGGAACGGUGCAAACCGAGCAUUGUGACGUACAAUAUUCUUCUACGAGCGUCUGCGCAGGCGAAAAACGUUGCGCAAGUUGAAGCAUUGUUUAAAGAUCUAGAGGAGAGUAUUUGCACGCCGGAUAUUUACACGUUCAACGGCGUGAUGGACGCGUACGGAAAAAACGGGAUGGUCGGUGAAAUGGAAGGGGUACUCGCGCGGAUGAAAAGUAAUCAGGUGAAACCGGACAUCAUAACGUAUAACUUGUUGAUUGAUUCGUAUGGACGAAAGCAAGAAUUCGAAAAGAUGGAACAAGUGUUUAAGAGCUUGUUACGGUCGAAAGAGAGACCGACGGUUUCCACUUUUAAUUCGAUGAUAACGAAUUACGGGAAAGCACGGCUUCGAGACAAAGCGGAAGCGGUCAUUCAGAAGAUAACAGAUAUGGGAUACGCCCCGAAUUUCAUAACGUAUGAAUGCAUGAUUAUGAUGUAUGGAUGUUGCGAUUGUGUAUCGAAGGCGAGGGGAAUAUACGACAAUACGAUAGAGACGGAAAAGCAUUUAAAGGUUUCGACGUUGAACGCUAUGUUGAAUGUUUACUGUUUAAAUGGUUUGCCGGUCGAAGCGGAUAAGUUGUUUGAGACUGCGUGUAACGGUGGGAUGUUUCGUAUUGAUUCUUCGACGUAUAAACUUCUUUAUAAAUCCUACACGAAAGCGAACAUGACGGAGCUGAUACAGAAACUGUUGAAGCAUAUGGAUAGAGAUGGCAUUGUGCCGAAUAAACGGUUCUUUCUAGAAGCGUUAGGGGCGCUCGGAUCAUCACGAGCUGAUCAAGAUGCGAUUACUGCUAAAGUUAAUUCGAACAUGCCUGUGGAUAUGACCAAGGUAUAAGACGAAGAGUUGUUCGUGUUCUAGAACUGAUUUAGUAGAUGUUCGGAGCAGAAAUCGAACGGUAAUGACGUCGGCAACUGGUGGUCAACUUGUUUGGAUUUCUGCAUAGUUCUUGUGGCUUUAAGGCUAAAUUGACCCGUCGCGUGUCGCAAAAUGUGACAAUUUUUCAUGUAGUUUUACUUGUUUAAUCAUAUUCAAAUAUUUAUUGUUAUUUC